GGGCCCCAACCGACCCCCCGCAUCGUCCGUACCGGUGGAUAGAGCCAUAGAGGGAUCUCCGAUCUCGGCCCUCCUGGCCAACACCGCCCCGCGCGACGAGUCCAUCGCGAGCCCGGCAUCCUCUCGACGGCAAAACCUAGCCUUCCCGCCGCGUCCCGUCGGAUCGCGUCCGUCCCCUAGCGGAGGAGGAGGCGGGCGCCCUAGGAGGGGCAUCGCGAGGUAGUCGUGGCGCUGUUCCGCGGCUGCUUCUCGUUCGGGUCGGCCGGGCGUAGAAGGCCCGCGGCCUCGCCCUUGCCCUCGCCGCCGCGCGCGACCGCCGCAUCGGCAUCGGACGACGGCGCCAAGAUGAAGGGCCUCUUCAAGUCGAAGCCGCGGACGCCGGCCGACGUCGUGCGGCAGACGCGCGAGCUCCUCAUCUACGUCGACCUCCACGCCGGCUCGCGCGGCGCCGACCCCAAGCGAGAGGAGGAGAAGAUGGCAGAAUUAAGCAAAAAUAUAAGGGAUUUGAAGUGUAUUCUGUAUGGCAACGGCGAACAUGAGCCUGUCACUGAAGCUUGCGUGCAAUUGACCCAAGAAUUCUUCAGAGAGAACACUUUACGAUUAUUAAUUAUGUGUGUUCCGAAAGUAAACCUGGAGACAAGGAAAGAUUCUACUCAAGUUGUUGCAAAUUUGCAACGACAGCAAGUCAACUCAAGGAUACUUGCGUCUGAAUACCUUGAGGCAAAUAAAGAUCUUUUGGACACCUUAAUUUCUGGGUACGAGGAUACGGAGGUUGCUUUACAUUAUGGUGCAAUGUUGAGGGAAUGUAUUCGCCAUCAGAGUAUUGCAAGGUACGUUCUAGAGUCUGAUCACAUGAAGAAGUUCUUUGACUAUAUUCAAAUUCCAAAUUUUGACAUAGCAUCAGAUGCUUCUGCAACCUUUAAGGAACUUCUGACAAGGCAUAAAGCAACGGUGGCGGAAUUUCUUUCGAAGAACUAUGACUGGUUCUUUGCAGAAUUCAACUCUAGGCUGCUAUCAUCAAGCAACUACAUAACAAAAAGGCAGGCUAUCAAGCUGUUGGGAGACAUGCUGCUUGAUAGAUCAAAUUCUGCAGUCAUGAUGCGAUAUGUUAGUUCAAAAGAUAAUCUUAUGAUUCUGAUGAAUCUUUUAAGGGACUCGAGCAAAAAUAUUCAGAUAGAAUCUUUUCAUGUGUUCAAGCUAUUCGCUGCAAAUAAAAACAAACCAGCUGAGGUUGUGAACAUACUAGUCACAAAUCGAAGCAAGCUUCUUCGAUUUUUUGCCGGAUUCAAAACUGACAAAGAGGAUGAGCAGUUUGAGGCAGACAAGGAGCAGGUGAUAAAGGAGAUAUCAGCACUGUAACUUCCCUGAUGUAGCUUGCGGAAGAUUACAAGUUAGCCCUUGCUUAAAGUGGCCUCUCGUGGAUUACUGUAUCUACCGCACCACGAAAGGCUCCACCUUGAUGUUUAUUAGCGAAGCUGUUUGUGUAAUAAUAGUCUUCUGUGCAUUAUUAUGUUGGAGUCAAGCAACGGCAUGAAUCAUAUAGCUGAUGCUACUAUGAAGGUGUGACACUAUUUAUAUAGUGUUGUGGAUGGUCCAAA